CAUCAGGUGUUUCUGGAGGCGCUUAAGCCGUAUAUCGAGCCUGGUGUGAUAAUUGUUGGUCUUCCCGGGGCCUCAGGACUAGAAUUCCAGGUUCGAGGAAUCUUGGGAGAAAAAGCGAAUACGUGCACAGUGAUGAAUUUUGAGUCGCUGCCUUGGGCGUGUCGCUUGGGUGAAUUUGGCAAGAAAUGUGAUGUUCUUGGGACCAAGGAUUCAAUGGUAGGAGCUAUGCAGGUCGGAAGAGAUGCAGCACCAAAGAAAGACCCUGUUACUCCCCUACAGAGUCUGAUCGGCGACCACCCUCGUUUGAAGGUCUCCGGGCACCUUAUUGGCAUGACUCUUAUGAACCCUAACGCGUAUGCACAUCCGUCAAUCAUGUUUGCUCAAUGGGAAGGGUGGGACGGGAAACCUCUGGACGAAGCGCCCCUGUUUUACACGGGGCUGAGUGAAUUAGCAGCAGAAGUCUUGUCGAGUGCCUCCGACGAAGUUUUAAAAGUUAGCAAGGCUGUUAGUGAAAAAUCUGGUGUGGACACAUCACAGGUAACGAGCAUCUAUGAUCUUCUUGUCAAGUUUUAUUCUCACGAAAUGUCCGAUACUUCGAGCCUGCGAUCUUGUUUUUGCACAAACGCCGCUUACCAGGGUCUGAAGCAUCCGAUGAAAGAACACAACAAACAUUCCUUCGUACCAGACUUCUCUCAUCGUUAUCUGACAGAGGAUGUGCCGUAUGGACUGGCGGUUAUCUGGGGUAUCGCAGAAAUCGUACAAGUGGACACGCCUACCAUAGACAAAAUUCUUCUAUGGGCUCAAGAGAAAAUGGGAAAAGAGUACCUUGUCGGGUCUAAACUUCAAGGUAAAGAUGUUCUUUCUACGCGAGCACCUCAAAGUUAUGGACUGACCUCUUUGGACGCUAUUUUGUAGCUUUUAGAAGGUGUCCGUAAGUCAAGCCUGGUCAAUAAAUUAUGAAAUGGAAAACUAAGACAGGUAACCUUUAUCACUGGUUUUAACGUUCCGUGAUAAGCAGAAAAUUUUUUAGGAAAAGUCUGCCAGAGGUUGCUUUGAAUUUGGAACGAUUUCUUUUAAAAUUAUUUUUAGUUUUGUUUCACUAACGAUACAGAUCGCUCACGGUUUAAGUGAUUUCGCCAGCGUCUCAAGUCCGUUGGCUGAACGUAUAAUAAGUCAUUUCUCUAACGUUUUAGGUAAUUUCACUACCGUCUCUUUCUGGUUUUGUUUCCUCAGAAAUAGCAACAUUCGAAAUGUUGUACCGUAAACAUACUUAUAAGAUCGGCCAAAAUUGGCCUGGGAUCGAUCUGCUCAAAUCGUCUCAUAUCCACUUUGUCGAUGUAUCAAAUCGAAUUCAAUUUGUCUUGAGUGGACUUGUAUCAAAUUGACUUUCAGUUUCUACUGAAACUACCUAACUUCUCAACGACUUCGAUCAGUUUCGGUCGAUUAGAAGUCGAUCAAGUUCUGCCGAUGGAAUCAUUAAACGUUUUGUAAUACAUCACCUGAACGAGCGAUGAGACGCUAGCGAAUUGCCCUGAGGAGUUGGCGAAACGACCUAAGAUGUUAGCGAACUGGCCCCGGUUGUUCGAAGGAUGGAAAACGCAAUACACUGGAUAAAUCGCUAUCCGGUGGAUAGCGUAGU